AUGAAGCUGCAGUCCGUGAUCCUUUUCGACAACCAGCUCAGCGGCCAGGUGCCCCAAGAAUUGGGCGAGCAGCUUCCGCUCCUCAGAAUACUCCUCCUUCACAGGAACUUCUUGGAGGGCCCAUUCCCUGCCCACUGGAGAAAUGCAAGAAGAAUGCAGGCGCUAACCCUGCAUGAAAACCGGUUCCGGGGAUCGCUGCCCAGCAGCCUGGAGAACAUGACCAUGCUGUGGUGGAUCACACUGCAUGGUAACGAUUUCUCUGGAACCGUGCCCAGACUCAGCCUGCGCAACAGAGGGAAGGCCACGCUGCACAGGAACCGCUUCAGCUGCCAAUUGCCGGAAAGCCUGGGGCUCGACGACGUGCGUGCCACUGUGGUAAUGGGCAACAUGGUUGGUGUAGGGGACAGCAUCACUGCAAACUGGGUCAGCCCAGCGGAACUGCAGGACUUUUUAUAUGUAUCAAGCAAGAUCUGGUGGGGAAACAUGCUUGUAUUGGCAGGCUUGCCAAUGGCAAUCCUAGGGGCUGGAGUCAUCUAUUGCCAGUCUCGGCAAGCCAGAGCCCGAAGUACACAGGUAAUUGCUCCGAACAUCCACGCCUCGUUUAUGCAGAGCCUGCGGCUCUCGCUGUGGAUUGCAGCGUUCUGCGCCCUGCUGCUGCCGACUUACCUCCACGGUGCACGGUACUACGAGUGCGGUCAGCCGCUUGCGCGGAGCACGGCGGCCUACUUGGACGAGUCUCCUCUGGCGGAGAUUUUCGUGAUUUUGGUCUGGAGCCUUGCCACCCUCUUCGUCUCUGCAGCGAUAUCUGUUCUUCCCAAGCUAGGUGAAGGCGUAAGAGAGCCGCCAGAAGGGUCCUGGAAGCUGAAACACCGGCUUGCGUGGCUUCUCUGGAUCCUGACCGUCACGAUGAUCUCGCUACCUUCGAUCCUGUAUUCUCUGGCACAGGCCCUUCCGAAGGACAACACCCUGGUGGCAGACUCGAUCCUGAACAUCGCACACCGCACGGCCCCCGCACUGAUUGUUUUUGUCGACGAGGUCCUUGCAGCACGGCUCUCCAUCAAGUAUGCAGGUUUAUCUGGGAUCAAGGCGGACAGACUUCUGAUGGCACUGAGGUUGUGUGCAGCGUGGCUCCUUCCGCUGCUCGCGGCAGUCGCUUUGCAGGAAAAUUGCCUGGCAGGGUGGAAACUGUGGUGGAACACCUGCAAUCCAAAAUCUGAGAUGCAUGCAGCCUUCAAUUGGCGGCUACCAGUAGCAACAACAGUGGCAACGAUCCUGAAUACCACGACAGACAUGUGCAGCGCGGAUUCUGAGAACUUUUGGGGGAAGGCCGUUGCAGCAGGUCUGUUAUCGAAGGUCUAUCGCCCUUGA